UCAGUAUUAAUCAAGACGCACCGAGAAUCGUCGAUUAGUUCAUGCGUUAGUAUUCAAUCUUUUAGUUGGAAAACUUUUUCUACCCGCACAUUACGUGCUGGUGAUAUCGCAAAAUUGUGCAAUAUUCUACAUAAUUAUUCGGAAAACUGAAAAUAGUAUGACGUAUUGCAAAGCUGUAGCUAUACACUUUUCCUAUCGCGGAACUAUUAUAAGAUUUCCGAUCUUCAUUCAAUGUUGAUUAAGCCAUUUUUGCUUAUCCACUUCGAUUUUAUACCAAGUUUCACCAUUAAUCUGAUGAUAGAUAUUCAGAAGCGACGAAAAAUUAAUGUUAAUUUUCUGUCGACAAUGCGUUACUACAAUUUAGAUGGUACAUAUGAGGAUUAUCCGCUGGACAACAAAUUUGGCUGGACUUUUGAAAAUAUAAUUAUCGAUGAAGCAUGUCCCGAAUUAGAAGCAAACAAUACAAAUUUACGAGAUAUUUCCAGAGCAGAACGACUUGCAGCUCGAACAUCAAACAAAGACUUGAGCAUAAACGGCCUGUCGAGCAUUUCCAGUUCCAAAACUAACGACUCGGACAAUGGUUAUGGAAGUGACUUAAGAGAUUCGUAUGACGGAUUAAAUUGCGAGAGUCGCAAACCUAUCAAAAUUCUAAAAGUUAACACCGAUAUAAAAGAAGAAACGCCAAGGACUUUAACAAUACCUCCAGAAACUGUGGAAGGUUUCAGGUGUCGACACUGUAGACUUCUUAGAUAUGCUGAAAAUUCCGAUAUUCCAUCCAAGGAAAAGCUGAUGGCUUUAAUAAACCCAGUGAAUCCUGAAUCAAAAGCAUUACUAAGCGUUGUAAGCUAUUCCAAAUAUAAACGACUCAGUGAAAAGGAAACCAACGAGAAAGUCUUUAGAACUCUGAAUUUCAAAACAACUAAUGCGCGCCAUUUUAUCAGUCAUAAUUCUCCAUCGAGAAAUGAAAGCCCGAACGAAGCUAGAUGUCCUCGUUUGAACUUUCUGUUAACUGAGAGUGAGGCUGAGAAUAGUGAUAAGCAACUUGCAUCUGAAAUUCGAAACUAUCAUGAAACCAAGGAAGAUCAUAUGUUGUCGCUAAUGAUGGAGUUAGUAAUAACUGAUUUAAACAGUAGUAUUGGAGAUAUGUCCGAACUGAAUAAUUUAGUGAAUGAUGUUGACCCUGCAUCCGGAGUUAUUGAUACAAGCGAUUUAGGUACCAGUAUUCACAGUAGCAUUGUGAGUAAAGAGGGUAGCGGCAGCCGAGAGAAGACUAUUCAGAACAGUUAUGUGGAUAUACCAAACAGGUCCAGUAUAUUAAGCAGCAUUGGGUUGGGCGAUGAAAUAGACAGGAGUAUAGAAUAUGUCGUAAACGAGAAGUUGGAAAUGCGGAGGCAAAUGAAUGACAUUAGAAUCAUAUUUGAGGAUUGUGACCAAAAACUAAAUUCCCUAAUGGUCGCAGCGACAUCCCUGGAAUAUGAAUUACGAGAAACAAAUUUCCUGGACAACCUCAUUCACUUGCUCCAAGGAAAUUUAGAAAAGGUUAGAAGCAAAAUAUUGCCGUUUCAGCUUUUUGAAAAGCUAGUGGGUAAUGACGACAUUGAGAAAAACCUCAUAUUAUAGACUGGGGACGACCAGAUCUGAAAAACUAUCCAAGUAGACAAUUAUGUUUCUACCUACACAAAAUUCACUUCCUUUCAUGGAAUUGUGAUAAAACAAUUAUAAGUUCAAAUCUAUAUGAAAUGAUAUUUAUUUGUAUGUAAUUCUAUUUUUAUAAGAUGGUUAUAAUAUAAAAUUCCAAUAUUA